UAAGAUAUCUAUGGUGUGCGAAAUUUCCAAAUUAUUUGGAUUGCUCCAAUCUUGAGUUUUUAUGUUUAGGGACAAAGAUGAAAGAAUUUGAUGGGAUUUUCAAAAGAAUGGGAAUGCUCAAAGUUUUGAUUCUUCUUAACGAUGAGGAUGGAAAAACACGAUUGUCAACAAUAUCUUUCAAAACAUUAACAAAUCUUCGUUGUCUAUUCAUUCAGAAUUAUGAAUUGAGCGACUUCUCAUUUUUUGGCGGUAUGAAGAAUCUUCAAAGUCUCUCGUUAUGUAAUUGUUUACUGCCUUCAUUUCCUGAAUUACAAACCGAUGUUGCGAUUACACUAAAAUUGUUAGACUUAAAUGGAUGUAACAUUAAAGUGAAGAAUUUUGAAGUGAUUAAAAGAAUCCCGCUUUUGGAAGAGUUGUACAUUAUUGAUAUUAGAGGAAAAUGGCGGGAUGCUAACAGUGAAGACAAUAUUGAAUUCUUUAAGACGUUUAGCAUUCCCAAAACACUGCAAAGGUAUGGAAUUGUAUUAGGAUCUCGUUACUUUCAUCAUUAUAGUGAUGGAGAUAUUUACAUUCAUGGCAGAACUUUUUUACUUAACCAUUUUGACAUAUCAAAUGAGGUAAUAAAGGGUUUGGCAAAAAGAGCAAAGGAUCUAUUCGUGGCAACUAUUCAUGGAGGUGCAAAAAAUAUCAUCCCUGAUAUAUUUCAAAUUGAAGGAGGAGGUUUGGAUGAGUUGAAUAAGUUGGAGAUACAUAAUUCUGCAGAGUUAGAAUGUUUGAUUGACACUCGUAGUCACUCGAGUGAGGUGGUAACUCUCUUCUCCAAGUUGCAUACGCUUGGAAUUAAGAACAUGAGAAAUCUAAGAGUUAUAUGGCAUUGUUUUCUUCCUGUCAAUGGACCUUUUGAGAACUUAGAGAUGUUUGAUUUAAGUGAUUGUCCACGGUUGACAUUUCUCUUCACAUAUGUGCUUGCUCUAAACUUUGUAAAAUUGAAAAUAUUAAAAAUAUCAAGAUGUGAUGAACUGAAGUAUAUAUUAGCAGAUGAUGACAAAACGGAGGAAGGUGAAGAUGAAUUCACCACAGGGCAUCCUGUACAAAUUUUCCAAAAUCUGCAGUAUGUAAAGAUAAAUAGGUGUCGAGAAUUAAAACAUAUAUUCCCAGCCAACAUUGUUGGAGGCUUAACUCAACUGAAAGUUGUUGAUAUAGAAGAAUGUGAGAAGCUAGAUCAAAUAUUUGGAGAUAUUGUUCCAUCAACAGACCGUGAUAAAGUAAUAGAGGAAGGAACUCUAUCCAGCCCUACAAGUCUGAAGAUAAAACGUUGUGGGAAGUUAGGCUCAAUUUUUACAGCAUCUAUAGCUAAGAACUUGACUUCUUUGGAAGGAUUGUUCAUAAAAGACUGCAAAAGUUUGAAGGAUAUAGUAACUCACGAAAGGGUCAACAAAAAUCAGGAGGAAAGCAUUGUUGAGGAUGAACAUGAUUGUCAGAGUGAUAUUUCAAUCUUCCAAAGUUUGAAGAAGAUACAUAUCAGUGAAUGUGAGUUAUUGGAGGGUAUAUUCCCUGUUUCUUUUGUUGGAGAAUUGAAUGAUAUAACAAAUAAAGAGGCUGCUGAUUUGAAAGACUUCUCUAGUCGAAAUAAUACUCAAAUUGAGCUUCCUGCUUUACAAGUACUUGAACUUCGUGGUAUUCGGGACAGAACCAUUGUUGGUAGUUAUGAUGUGAUAUGUCCAUCUUUAAGAACACUAUCAUUGGAUAUUGGGAGAUAUGUUGGGUUUUUCAACAUAAAUUGUUCAACCGAUGCUUCAGAAGCUACAAAAAGGGAUUGUAUUGAAAUCAAGAUAUCGAACUCAGAUUUUGAUCCGCCGGUUGAAAGUGUUGAAUGUCUUUCAAAACAACCACAUGGUUUGAACUUCAUUAUGACACACAAUAUUAGAGAGAUUGAACUGAAAGGCUUUGAUAAGGCAAAGUACCUUUUUAAACUCUCCAUUGCUUCAUCAUUGACGAUGUUGGAAAUUUUGAGAAUUAACGAAUUUCUUGGACUUGAGUACAUUAUAGACACUGAUGAUGAAUAUGGCAAAGAGAAUAAGAAAGCUAUCUUUCCUAACAUAAAAAAGCUCUAUGUGUAUAAGUGUUUGCAAUUGAAAUAUAUGUUUGGGCAAUAUGACGUAGCUAAUAAGGAUUAUAAGGAGAUUCAUAUUCAAUUCUCAGCAUUGGAAAUACUCUCUCUUCGGAAUCUACCAAAGUUUGUUAGCAUUUGUUCUACCAACAAUCUCAUUGUGACGUGGCCAUCUUUGAAGGACUUUGAGUGUUACGAAUGUUUGUAUCCAUUUUACGGUUCAAGAGAGGCUAUUAUCACAAGUACGAAGGAUCCUAAAGGGAUUCAGAACCAUCUCCCCACUUUGCAAACUCUAAACAUAAUGGAUUCUGAUGCAGAACGUAUUUUUUGUCUUAAUGAACAUGAAAUGAUUGGCCAACAAGUGAGUUUAAGGUUAGAGAAGUUGGAGUUGUAUAAUGUACCUCAAAUGACUUAUAUUUGGGUGGGUCCCAACAAUUCCCUUACUCUCCAACAUCUUACCACAUUAAAAAUAUGGAAUUGUGGAAAGUUGGAAGUAAUAUUUCCAAAGUCUGUUGUAAGAUGCUUACCAGAGUUGAAGCUUUUGAAGAUAAGGAUAUGCAAAGAAUUAAGAGAAAUAAUUGAAGGGGAUAGAAAUUUGUCUAAUAUUCUUUCUCCUCAACCAUGCUUCCCAAAACUAGAAGCAUUGCAUGUUGAUCAUUGUCACAAGUUGAAAAGAUUAUUCUCUGGAUCUGCUUCUAAUGACCUUCCCAAUCUUCAUCUUCUGGCCAUAAGUGGAGCCAAUGAACUAGAAGAGCUUGUUGGAUGUAAACAAGGAAAGAUUAAAGUUGAGCUUCCAAGACUCAAACUUUUAAUAUUUACGCAUCUGGAAAACUUCAGUCAAGAGAUUGAAUUGCAUAAUGUAAAGAAUUGCAUUGUCUACAAAUGUCCGAAACUCUCUUUGACUUCAACAACUACAUUUGAGAAGCUCCUUGAAGAUUUUCCUUCUGAAGAUUUCAUAAACACUGAAGUUUGUAGUUGGGAAUUUGAAGCCAUAGUAAGAUGCAUAUACGACUAUUCAACUAUUAAUGAUAGCAGUGAGUUCACUUCAUCACAGAAGAUUGAGGACGUAGGAAAUGAGAGCAUUAAAUCUUCAUCCACUGGAGUUGAAGACAUUGGCAUUGGAGGUGCUGUUGCAACUCACAUUGCCAAGGUAGUUGAACAAGAUGAUAAGAUGAAUGAAGGCAAGCCAGGAAUAGUGGCAAGCCAAGGAAUCCAAGUACAAGAAGGGUUGAACCUUUUGCAUAAACAAGAGGGAAUAUAUGUUGCUCCUAACAACAACAAUGACAUUUCUUCAGCUUCUGCAGAUAUCCGUACAAGAUUGGGAGCAUAUAAACAUUUUGUUGAUCUGGAUGAUGCACAUAUUUCUCUUCUGGUGGAGGCAAUAACAACAUAUCCUCAUCUCUGGAAUGCUUCCAAGAAGUUUAGUGAGCGCUUUCAAGCUUGGAGGUUGAAAAUUUUGGCAGAUAUGUUGCUGUUCCUUCAGAAGGAAAGUGACGAUAGUGUUAUUCCUCAAAGAGAAAAAGAGUUCGAUAAACUAUGUGAAGAAGCUAUUGAAAUUGGAUUUGAGAGUUCAUGGGUAGAGGAAAUGCGUCAACGUGUUGUGGCGAGGGAUCCUAAGCUGGAGGAGGAUAUUGCUAAGAGACAAAUAAAUGAGAACUCUAAGAGGUAUGAUUAUUUUGUUGGAUGAUUAUACAUUUGGUGA